AUGGGGCGUCAUAGACAAUGCAUGUGGUUAGAGUUUGUGAAAAACUAUCACUUCUCUAUACAGUACCACCCAGGGAAAGUGGAUGUAAUGGCAGAUACAUUUAGUCGCCAACCCUAUGCGAGUCUUUCCGCUUUGUUUACUACAGAAUUAGAUGCUUUAAAGAUUAUUAAUGAGUUGUCAGAUGAUUCUGUGGCUUACGUAAUAGUUACACCUGCUAUCAUCCACAAAUUUUCUAUUCAUCUAGGUGGAGAUAAGAUGUACCAAGAUAUAAAGCGACAGUUUUGGUGGGCAGACAUGAAAAGAGACAUAGCUAUAUUUGUAUCUAAGUGUAGUACUUACCAGAUGGUUAAGAUAGGCCAUCAGAAACCGCGGGUUCUUUGCAGCCACUUCCUAAAACAAAGUGGAAAUGAGAGAGCAUUUCUAUCGACUUUGUCGAGGGAUUGCCAACUUUACACAGAAAAGUUGACGAAGCUUUACAUUGCAAAGAUUGUGAAGCUGCAUGGCAUACCACUAUUUAUCAUAUUGGAUAGAGAUUAG